AUGUCAGUUAGUACUAUCCUUGCUGCCGGUGGGGUGAUUUCCACCGCUAUCUCAAUUCAAUUGUAUCAAACAAAGACCAAAGAAUUGACUGAUCUCAAGAAUAAACUUGAAUCACAAUUGGUUAGUGUCAAGGCUGAUUUGGAUUCAAAGACAAAAGAAUUGGAUCAAUUAAGUAAGGACACUAAGUUGAAUCAUUCCAAGACUGUAAGUUCCUACAAACAAGAUAUCAGCAAUUUAGAAAAGAAAAUUACUGAGUUGAAUCAACUUACCAAGAAAUUGACUGAAUCUGAAAAAUCCUUGCAUUCCAAAACAAAGGAUCAGUUGACUAAAAUCACAAAGUAUGAGGCUGAAGUGAGUGACUUAAACAAGCAAGUAGUUGCUUUGGAAAAACAAAAGUCAGAUUUGGAAAAACAAUAUGAAUUUAAGUUGAAUACUGAAAUUGAAAAAUUAAUUGUUGCCAAAGAUUUGGAAAUUACCCAAUUGAAAAAUGAUUUAGCUAAAGUCAAUACGGAACUCGAAGAUCAAAGAAGAGCAUACAACGAUUUGGAAGACAAGACCAGAGCUAGUAUCUUUGAAAUCAAGAAGGAACUUGAAGCAUCCAAUGCCAAAUAUGACGACAAAGUUAAACAGUACACUGAAUUGGUUACCAAGUCAACUGAUGAAUCUAAACAAAAUCAAGAAAAGAUCAAGUCUCUUGAAGAAAAGAACGUUGAUACCGAAGAACGGUUAUACCUUUUAGAAGCUCAAUAUGCAGAGCAAGGUGUUACUUUGGAGGAUGUCAAGGAAGAAUUGGCAAACUCUCAAGAAGUCAUUGUCAAAUUUGAAGAACAUAAUGUCGAAUUGGAAAAAACUCAACAAGAAUUAACCCAAGAGUUGGGUACCACAAAAUUAAAGCUUGGUGAAGAAGUCGAAAAAUCCACCAAUUUAAAUCAAACUGUUGAUGAAAAAACCAAAGAAAUUGAAGAUUUAUCUAGCAAGGUUCAAGUUUUUGAUCAAGCUUUUUUUGAUUUCGAAACAUUUUUUACCGAGUUAAAGAAAAACCAGUUCCCACUCCCAGAAUCCGCUUUGGAAACUGGUGUACAAACUCCAAAUGCUCCUUAUUCUCCAGAAGAACCAGAGGAAUCGCUUAAUGCCAAAGAACUUGGUGCUAAUUCUGUCAAAAUCUCAGCCACUUUUGAAAAAUUACGCAUUUAUUUCGAAUACCUCCGAGAACAAAUUGAGUCCAGAAAUAAAGUAAUUAUUGUUCAAGCCACCGAGCAUGCUAAUACUAAAUCUGAGCUUGAAGAAAGGGCCAAAGCAAUUGAAUCAUUACAAAACGAGCUUUCUGAAUUAAAAGAAAAGCACAACGAAGCUCAAGACAAAUUAACUGCUUCUUCUAGGCAAGUCGAAGAAUUAUCUUCAAAGGUUGAAAACUCCAUACCUAAAGAGAUCCAUGAGUCCAAGACUAAAGAAUUACAUGAUAAGAUUUCUGAAUUAGAACCACAACUUAACGACCACAAAUCAAAGAUCACUGAUUUGGAAGGUAAGCUCGGAGAAAUUGAAUCUGAGCAUGAAAAUUCCAAGAAGGAAUUAACUUCCAAGCAUGAGCAAGCCGUUUCUGAACACAAACAAACCAUUGAAGAUUUGACCAAAGAGAAGGAUAAUUUAGUCCAAGAUUUAGCCGAUAAGUCAAAAUCUGUUCAAAAAGUCAUUGAAAGUAAAGAAUCUUUACAAUCUGAACUUGACCUGUUGAAAAGCGAAAAGACUAAGCUUGCACUGGAAGUAGAAGAGAAGAAUAUCGCUCUUGACAAGUUAAACAAAGAAAUUUCUGAAUUAAGUGAAAACCACGAAGCAUUAAGACAGGAAAGAGAUCACUUGAAGAAAGCUACUGAAGACAAUGUUGCUGAGUUCAAAAAGAAAGAUGAUACAAUCGCUGAAAAGCAAAAGAGUCUUGACGAAUUAAAUACCAAGUUAUAUUCAUCCAAUGAAGAAUUGAAUACCAUAAAGGAAAAGUUGACUGGAUUAGAGCAACAAGUUAGUAGUGAAAAGGAAGCAGCCAAGAGUGCUCAAGAUGAAAUUAGUGCCCAACAGCAAGAAUUUGAAAAGUUAAAGAGUGAGUUAAAGGAAAAACAAGAUGAAAUCAAUAGCAAGAGUGAAGAGUUGGCUAAGGUACAAGAAGAACUCAAGAGUAAGCAAACUGAAUUGGAUGCUGCAGUUGAAGAAGCCAAGAGCAAGGAUGGAAAAUUAGCGGAGUUGAAGAAUAAAGAAGAAAAGUUGCAACAAUUACAAGACGAACUUAAAGAAAAGUCGGAUAAAUUAGCUACCGCUGAAAGUGAAUUGAAUAAAGUAGGUGAAGAAUUUAAAAACAAAGAAGAAGAAUUGAAGAAACUUGAAGAAGCCCUUACUGAAAAGUCCGAACAUGUUAAUAAGUUAGAAGAUGAAGUUAAACAAAAGGCUGACCAAUUGAUCAAAGUUGAAGAAGAACUUAAAAGUCAAAAGGAGCACCUGAAGUCUGAGUCAACUGAACAAAAUGGUGAACACCAUGAACAUCAAGGAUAA